UUCCUCCUCCUCCUCCUCCUCCUCUUCCUAGCUCAGUCUUCCUCCUCUCGUGGCCGCGCGCACACACACCUCCCCUAACCUGCGCAGAGGACGGGAGGUAAGCAAGGAGUGUCUGUCAGCACACCUUGCCUCACCUUUCAUAACUCAUUAGUAGGGCAGAUUGCUGGUGGCGCCAUGCGGGGACCUGCCUUGGCGGUGGUGGUGCUGGUGGUGGUGGAAUUCACCACAGGAGCAUCAUCAGGAAACCAGGAGACGAAAUACAAACAAGGUAGACGGCUGAUAUACCCUGAAGGAGGCGCUGACGGAGGCAAGCACGCUAUUCUGGGCUACUCCAACACCCUGCCGGUCAAGGGGAAGGCGAAGAAGGGCGUGGCGGUGCUUGGGGCAUCCUGUGUCGUGAGCAAGAGCUGUGAGGGCGUGAGAGGCGCGGGGUGUCUCAAAGGAAGGUGUCUCUGCAAGCCCCAUCACUUGGCUGUCAACUUAACUCACUGUCUUCCGGGAGUACUAUUGGACUUCAAAUGCCACGUGGACGCUCAGUGUAGUCUCCGAGUGCCUCACUCUGCCUGCAUCCAAGGGUACUGCAGAUGUGGCGAUGGCUUUGUGCCCUACAGGAGGAACAACUGUCUGAAAGCUGCCAAGGUGGGUGCCAUUUGCCGCAAACAUGAGCAGUGCCGCGAGGGGACGCCUGGCACCUUCUGUAACUUCACAGUGCCAAGGGUGAUGGGCAGGUGUGCAUGCUCCGGCCACCUGCCCAGGAAUGGUGACACCUGUGGACACCUGCGCUAUGCCCUAGGCACACCCUGCGGAACAACAGCCCAGUGCUCGAGGGACGUGCCAGGCUCCAUAUGUGUCAUACAGGCGCAGCUUCCCCCGGGCACCCCAGAGCACGCCCCCGUCAGGAUCUCAGCCAUCCCCGGGGUAGCGCCACGGCCCCGGGGAGUGCCCCUGGCUGUGUGUGCCUGCCUCCCCGGCCACCUGGAGGCUGAGAACGGCACCAGGUGUAUCCCUAUCUCGAAAGGUGUGGGCGUCACUCCUGUCUCCCUGGGUCAGCACUGCGAGACCUCCAGCCAGUGCCAGGCAUCAGACCCCUUCACCCACUGCCGGGCUGGGGUGUGCCACUGCCAACACAAUACCCGCUCCUGCUCUACACUCAACACUGGCUGCCAUCCCAAGACUUUCCAGUGCAUUUCCUCCGGGCGUUGCAUCAGCUGGUACUUCCUGUGUGAUGGGGAGAGGCACUGCGAGGACGGUUCAGACGAGGCCACUUGCAUCCCUCACAGGUGCCCCCGCCUGGCUCACACCUGCAGGGACGGCACCUGUGUCUCCCGUGCCAGGCUGUGUGAUGGCAAGGUUGACUGUCCAGAUGGGUCUGAUGAGGUCAGAUGCAGUGGAGAGUGCCCUGCAUCAACAUUCCGGUGCCAGGGGGGACGGUGCCUGCCUGGGUUUGUGUUCUGCAACGCCAUGCCCUUCCUGCAGUGAUGGCAGCGAUGAGGAUGAGGCAGCCUGUGUGCAGGGCUCCAUCACAGCCCCCUACUGCCCCUUCAGGUGUCGCAAUGGUAGGUGUCGGUCCACUGCUAUUCUGUGCUCCGGGAAGGAUGGCUGUGGUGACAACUCUGAUGAGGAGCAGUGUACAGUAUGCAGUUGUGCCCGCUCCCCCUCCUGAGACCAGAGAUAAGGGAGAAGAUGGCUGGAUAAAUAUAUUGCCCACUUAUCUUUUUCAUCUCUACUCCUCCUCUUACUCUUUCUGUUUCUCCUGUUUCUUCUUAUUAUUCACCUACUACUUCUCCUUUCCCUCUAGUUCAUUCUGCUUCUCUUAUUCUUUCUAUUUCUCUUUAUUCUUUUAAUUUUAUGCCUUCUGUUCAUAUUCCUUCUCUUCCUCCUCUUACUCUUCCUAUGUAUUUCUUCUGUUUCUUCUUAUUUUAUUCCUCCUCCUCAUCCUCCUCCUUAUCCUCUUGUCCUAUUCUAUGUCUAUUAUUCCAAGAUAAACAAAUGGAUGUAAAUAAGAUAAGUAGAUAAAUAGGUGACUUUGUAAAUAAGUUAAAUCUUUAGUCUAUUUAAGAAGAAAGUUAUUAUUGUUAUUAUUGUUGUCAUAAUUUAUUUACUAUUAGAUUUGUCAUAUUACAAAAUUAUACUUUUACUAAAAUUUAUUUGUCUUCCAUCUAGGUAAUUUUUUAAACUGCAUUCCACGUCUUAAGUGAUUUUAUAUCUUAUUACACUUACAGUUACACACACACACACACACACACACACACACACACACACACACACACAUACACACUAAAAAGACAGAUAAAGGAAAAUAAAAGAAAUAAAUAGAAAUAAGAAUAAAACAGGUAAAUGUACAAUAUUGAAAAAGUAAAAAAAAAAAAAAAAAAAUGAAAAAAUAAAAAAUAAAAUAAAAUAUAAAUAAAUAAAUAAAUAAAUAAAUAAAUAAAUAAAUAAAAAUAAAUAAAUAAAUAAAACAAGGAACAGCAAGGUUAACAUGUAGUUACAACUUAGUAGUAGUAGUAGUAGUAGUAGUAGUAGUAGUAAUACGUCACAGCUGUAGAAGCACUUGCAAAAUAAUAACAAAAACUAUAAUAAUGAUAAUAACAAUAAUAAUAAUAAUAAUAAUAAUAAUAAUAAUAAUAAUAAUAAUAAUAAUAAUAAUAAUAAUAAGACACAAGCUGACAUAAAUCUUGAAACAUGUCAGAGAAGUUCGUACGUACGUAGAUACAUACAUAUGUUUUUAUGGGCAUUGAUUACACAGGCUGAGAAUCCUUAUCUGGAAAGAGUGAAAUCUGGAAAACACUCACUUAUCUGUCUACUAACAUUGCAAGAGAAAAAAAAAUUAAAUGUUUGUUAAUUGAGAGUAAAUGAAAGCUUGAAAAUAUACCACAGAAUAUUCUGGUAAGGUUAAAUGUCAAUGUAAUUUUCAAUAUUACAGUUAUAAUGAAUUUUUCUCUUGCUUUUUUUUUUUUGUGUGUGUGUGUGAAGGAAAUCAAAAGCACAAACAAUAAUAAUAAUAAUAAUAAUAAUAAUAAUAAUAA